AUGUUUUCAUCAUCUCCAGAAACGUUUCUCGUAAUCUUAGCCAUUUUUAUGUGUUCAAUUCUUUUUAUCUUCACCAUCACCGUUGUAGUCAUAUUUCAUUGUUGUCGCAUCAAAGAUAUUCAGAAUCUUCCGAAUGCUGUUGUGCAGCGAACACGAAUGUCAUAUCAUUGGGCACGUAAUUCUGUAUUUUCACUGCGACGUGGAUCUGAAUGUCCAGAAGAUGAGGAAGAUGAGAAUUUCUUAUCACCGCGUCGAGCACAACGAGCUCCAUCCAAUUGUACGACAACGGGUUCAUCGCUAUGCAAACAGAAUUCGUUUGAUGGAAGAAGUCCAUCAGCUGUAUGA